CAGCAUCAGUUGCCAUAACUACAGCUCAAGUCUUUCGUUGACAUUUCACUUCAGUUAAAACUUAAUCACAACAUGAACUUCUGCAAGAUCUUCGUCUUUGUCGCCCUCAUCAUGGCCAUCAGUGUCGGACAAUCUGAGGCUGGAUGGCUCAAGAAACUCGGCAAGAGAAUUGAACGCAUUGGCCAGCACACUCGGGAUGCCACUAUCCAGACUCUGGGAAUUGCUCAACAAGCUGCAACUGUGGUUGCCACAGUAAAAGGAUAAUGCUAUACAUUUUGUAAUAUAGAAUCACAAUUAGAAUUUAUUAUAAUAUAUGUA